AUGCCUUUCAGACUGCAGGGUUUCCAGUCUACUCUCAGGAGCAACUCCCACUUGCUGCGUAACCAGCAGCGCCGGUGGGCACAAGUCCACGAUGUGCGCUUUCUUGCCUCGCACCACGACCCCAAAUAUGUCGUGGACAAGUAUCGCUCCAAGCUAGAUCAAAAGGCUAAACAGGAGGGCCACGACUCAAUCGAAUCACUGAAAGAAGCCUACAGCGACAAGAUCAAAGACCUUCGCCGCAAAGCAUCCACCGUCGCAACUCCAGAGCCCGGUUCCCCAGUAUCCACCACCGCCGUCCCAGGCACCCCAAAAGCAUUCCAGCCUCCCCCACCUCCCCAGGAAUCCAAGACCGCCAAAGCUGCCCGCGCCGUCUCCAGCGACUCCAGCCCCGUCAAGCCCCUCAGCACAUACCUGGAUGUCGAGAAGAUCCGCGCCCUCCCACCCAAAGAGAUCGAAGCUCUCUGGCGCCUGCGCCACGCAAACAACGCCCACGCCAUCUCUGCCGUAAUCCCACUGGAAACAUACAACCGUAUCAUCCAAGCAGCCCGCCAGAACCCGCAGUUCAUCCUGCCCCUCCCGCGCCCCCAGACCCCCGAGGAAGCGGAGCAGACUCCCGCAGGCGCAACCGGUACCGCUGCCGAUAUCCAUUUCCUGCAGUGGGCUUUCCACCCGCCCGCGGAGGGCUCCACCUCCUCGCCGUCGAACAAUCACACUUCCACGGUGAUCUUCACAAACCUGGGCGCUUAUAAAAUGCACGGCGCGUUUGCUACGCCUCACACUACUAUCACGCACCACCUGGAUCUGGCCGAUGACAAGGGCCUAGUCCUGAUGCACGGCCAGAUCAUCCCCGACGGCGGUGUUUCCGCGCCCGAGGCAACCUGGCUGGUUAGUUGCGUGCAGCGCUUCUAUGACUUCGAGGGCCAGGCGAGUGGCCGCAAGAGCGAGCUUGUGCGCAUGUUCACCCGCGGUGAUGUUGAGAACUUCAAGGUUGAGGAAUUGCUUGAAGAGUCCGAGCGACUCCAGUAA